AUGGAGCACCUGGGUCCGCACCAUCUCCACCCCGGCCAUGCGGAGCCCAUCAGCUUCGGCAUCGACCAGAUCCUCAACAGCCCGGACCAAGGCGGCUGCAUGGGGCCCGCCUCGCGCCUCCAGGACGGAGAAUACGGCCUUGGCUGUUUGGUUGGAGGAGCCUACGCUUACGGCGGCGGGGGCCCCGCGGCCGGGGCGGGGGCCGGGGGCGCGGGGGCCUAUGGUGCCGGCGGCCCGAGCGGCCCUGGUGGCCCUACUAGCGGCGGCGGCGGCGGCGCCUGCAGCAUGGGCCCGCUGGCUGGCUCCUACAACGUGAACAUGGCCUUGGCGGGCGGCCCCGGUCCGGGAGGCGGCGGCGGCGGGGGCGGCGGCGGCGGCGGCGGCGGGGGGGCGCUGAGCGCUGCAGGGGUGAUCCGGGUGCCGGCUCAUAGGCCGCUAGCUGGAGCGGUGGCCCACCCCCAGCCUCUGGCUACCGGCUUGCCCACCGUUCCCUCCGUGCCUGCUGUGCCGGGUGUCAACAACCUCACCGGGCUCACCUUCCCCUGGAUGGAGAGUAACCGCAGAUACACAAAGGACAGGUUCACAGGUCACCCCUAUCAGAACCGGACGCCCCCCAAGAAGAAGAAGCCGCGCACGUCCUUCACGCGCCUGCAGAUCUGCGAGCUGGAGAAGCGCUUCCACCGGCAGAAGUACCUGGCCUCGGCCGAGCGCGCCGCCCUGGCCAAGGCGCUCAAAAUGACCGACGCGCAGGUCAAAACCUGGUUCCAGAACCGGCGGACGAAGUGGAGGCGGCAGACCGCGGAGGAGCGUGAGGCUGAGAGGCAGCAGGCGAACCGCAUUCUCCUGCAGCUGCAGCAAGAGGCCUUCCAGAAGAGUCUGGCGCAGCCCUUGCCCGCCGACCCGCUAUGCGUGCACAACUCUUCGCUCUUCGCCCUGCAGAAUCUGCAGCCGUGGUCUGACGACUCCACCAAGAUCACCAGCGUCACGUCCGUGGCGUCCGCCUGCGAGUGAGCCUGCCCGCUCUGCCCGGAGAGAGCCCGGGUCCAGCCGAGGGGUCGCGGAGGCUGAGAGCCGGGACUCUCUCCCACCCCCUCCUGCUUCAGACUGUGCGCGGGAGGGGAACGCGGUGCCCCCUGCGCUCGGCGGAGCUCCUGCCGACGCUGUUUUCUCUUUGGUGGGGGGGAAAAAAGCGCGGGAGACAGGGACACGCGACCUUGUUCCAGACGCCUAAGUGGUCCCGCGCCCCCCUGGAACUGUUCAGAGUCCUCUCGGUUUACGUCUAUUUUAUUUUAUUCUGAUUUUUAACGUGGGACUGAGAGAGGCAGAGGACGUUGGGGAAUAAGUUUCUGGGGUCCUCGGAGGACAGCAGGGGCUGUCAUUUGAACUUGCCCUGGGAAGAACUCCUCUGUAUUCCACUCCCCAUCACACGUGGACGCCCGCAGGCCCACACAGAGGCGAUUUCACGGUCUCUGGUGGUGUCACCCAGAGCCAAACACAGAGGACCUACGACAGAGUGUCAUGCACACGUAGGGCCAUCGCCUUCACACCCUUGACUCUCACUGUCAGGCAUAAGCUAGGGGUGACCCAGCUGCAUUGUGAACAGCAUGGCACUUCUCACAAACACGAGGCUACGGCCACACUGUGACACACUACCCCACACACGACAGCGUCACGGCCCUCCAGGCCCCCAUCACACAUCCUAGCCGCACCCAGGUACGCACAGGCAGGUUUUCACACAGACUCAGCCUGCUUCUCCAGAUCCUGUUCAUACGGGGAGCUUAAGUUAUGCACUUAUAAGGUGUUUUCUGUGUAACCAUUUUAUAAAGUGCUUGUGUAAUUUAUGUGAAAAAAUAAUAAAACCCUCCGGAUCCAGAGUCAGGGCUACCUGCUCCU